AUGAUCCGAGAGAUCAAAACGGGUACCCUUAGUGAAGACAGUUGGCUGGGUAAUGAGUUCAAAGAGCAACGGAAGGUCGUGUGGCGCAACCUACGUGAAUACCUGAAGAAAGGAGGAGCCGAUGAAAAGAAAAGACUGACAGAGGCGAAGGCUGCACUGAAACGAAUCUUCAAGGACAAGGUGAGGGAACUGGCUGAGGAAAAGAAAGAGCGGAUAAGAAAGAGUAGAAAUAUGUCGGACUUCUGGAAGGGACUGAACAGCUGCAGGGUGAAGAAAAGGAGAGCGGGACAGGAUAUCAGUGAACAGAGAUGGGUGGACCGGAUGGCAGAAGUGCUGGGAGACACUGAUGUCACCAGAGAAGAGGAGCCUGAGUGGGAAUGCUGGGAAGAAUGGCAUGAGCUCGAGGCCCUGGAUAAGGACAUCAGUUGGUUUGAAUUCAGUCGGGCAUUAAAUAGACUGAAGAAUGGAAAAGCUGCUGGUGAGGACGGCAUUCCGGGCGAGUUCCUAAAAAAUAUGUCUGAAGCUUGGAGAAAGGAACUGUGUCAGGUCAUACAAUCGAGUUGGGAAUCUGGAUCUCUGAGAGAUGGUUGGAAUGUGGCCCGCAUCUUCCCCAUCCACAAAGGAGGAGAUGAACAGGAUGUCUGCAAUUACAGGCCCAUAUCCGUCCUGAACUUGGGAUACAAGUUGUUGGCAAGUAUUAUGACACAGAGAUUGAACGACUGGAUAGAGGACAACGAUGCACUAAAAGAGAGUCAAGGAGAGUUCAGGAGGAGAAGAGGGACGAGAGAGCAGGUUUUUAUCCUUAACUCCCUGAUAGGGAAUAGGAUAAAAAGGCCUGGGGGAAAGCUCUACGUGGCCUUCUUAGACCUGAAGGCCGCCUUUGACACUGUCGACAGGGACCUACUCAUGGAAAAACUGUGGAAACUAGGGAUUAGGGGACGUUUCUACGACAUGGUAAAAUCCAUCUACAAAAACACAGUGAACGAGGUGAUCACAGGUGUGGGGAUCUCCAGCAGAUUCAGUACGGGCAGAGCAAUGAGACAGGGAUGUCCUCUCAGCCCUCUCCUCUUCAACCUCUUCCUGGAUGACAUAGACACUGAGUGGGAGAAACUUGGGGGGUUCACCGUCAUAUCGGAGCACGCUACAGACCUGAGUGAAAUGCUGAAGAAGGCUGAAGCCUAUGUAAUAAGGAAUAAACUGGAGAUCAAUGUAAAGAAGACAAAGGUUCUUGUGUUCAGAAAUGGAGGUCGCCAAGUAGCAAACGAGCGUUGGUUCAUCAAUGGGGAAGAGCUGGAGACGGUGAGCAGAUUCAAAUACUUGGGUUUUGGUUCACCACCAAGAACACUAUGGGCGAGCAUAGCUGGUCUCAGCACCCUGAAAAGUAGACUAUACAUACUCAGCACCCUGGGCAAAGCUGGUGCUCUCUAUUGCGGAGAGAUCUGGGGUCUGGUGAGGAGGGAGCCUAUUGAGAGGGUACAGGGAAAGGUGGUGAAAAUGGGAAUGGGAAUCACGAGGAAUACCCCAGCCUACAUCUGGACAAGAGAGAGCCAAAGAGGUAGUCUAGAACUGGAGAUGAGGAGAAGAGCCCUCAAAUACAUAGGUGAAAUAUGGCAGCUAGAGGAGGACAGGCUGAUUAGGACAUGCCUAAAAGAAGAGCUGAGAACACUUGGGAACGGUUGCCCUUCUGCCUGGGGUAGGACCCUGCUGGCUGCCUUGAAGGAACAAGGGGAUGAAGAGGUCUACAACAAAUUGUACAAGGGAGAAAUGGAUAAAGAGGCGUUCGACGAGUGGCUGAAAGAGCAUCUGGACAAGCAGACCUAG